UUGAUCCAAUCAAAUCCCUUUACUGUGGUGACUUCAUGGCAGCUCUCAUGAGUCAUCCAUUCAUACUUCUGUUUAGUAACUGAGUCUCCUCGCUCUGAUUGUCACGGGUAUUUAUAAUGACGGAGGGACGGUCUGCGAGCAUGCUGGCUGAAAAAGUCAAAUAUUGCCAAUGAAACCCAGCAGGAGCGAGAGCACGAGGCAAGGGAUCGUAACACUGGAGCUCAAGGAUAUACCAUGGACUCUGCAUACAUCCCACCACACCUGGACGUCCACCAUGCUCCCCGCUAACCUCCUGCUCCUCAUGGUCUUGCUGCUACCUCAAGCCUCAUCGGGUCGCCAGAGUGGAGAUUCCAAUGGGACUGACAAUGGCAGGGUGCCCCCUACUCCUUCCUCCCCUUCCUCCACAACAGCACUGCCUGAUCCUGGGCUGGCUGAGACCAUCCAGUCUCUCCUCCUGAACCGGCUGGGUCUGCAGUCCCAGCCGAACCCCAGGCCUGGGGUGUCAGUGCCACAGUACCUCCUUGAUCUUUAUCGCUUCCACCAGCAGCAGUACCAUCUAGUGGACGACCCAUUGUUUAGCUUUCCCAGCCAUCACAUUCAGAAAGCUAACACUAUUCGCAGCUUUCACCACAAUGAGCCCCUUGAAGACAGUAUAAAAGCAAACAAUCAGACACACGUGCAUAUCUCCUUCAAUAUCUCCUCUAUACCUCAAGAUGAAAAGGUUCUCUCUGCUGAGCUCCGCCUACUUCGCAGUGACCCUGGCUUUCUUGGCUCUGGACCCCACAGAUUAAACCUUUACCUCUCUAAACACCAUGAAGAUCCUGAGCCCACUUUGCUUGAAACAAGGUUACUCACUAAUGGCCCCCGUAGCCAUAAAGGUGGGGGUUUGUGGGAGGCAUUUAGCCUUAAUGCAGAGCUCCUGCAUAAAGCCCAAGGUGGAACUGGCAGCUUGGGCUUCCUGUUGGAAGUCAAACCUGAUAACAGUACCACCUCACCUGAUCAGAGUUACUCCUCUGCUGCAGGUGAUGAUCAGGCAGAGCAGCACAAAGAUAGACACCUGAGGGUGUGCAGGUCUGUGGGGCAGGACGAUCACACCUGGGCCCAGGAGAGACCCCUCUUGGUGACCUACAGUCAUGAUGGUCAUGGAGAGCCUUUAGUCAAACAUGGCAGAAGAACACCUGGUAGUAGCAAGUGGAUUAAGUCUAGAAAAGGGUCAAACAAGAAGACCAAAAGAAGCGGGAAAGUCCAUAAUUGGGACCAAGGCUUGGGAAAGGCCCGGAAAAAUGGUAAUACUCUGAAGAGCUGGGGGGAUGAUAAAGGAGGAGUGAGCUGGAAUGAUCGUGGAAGGGUGAAAAGAAAUGGCGGCCCAUCUAAACUGAAGCGGCUUUCCAGAGGCAGGUGCCGGCGUCAUCCUUUAUAUGUAGAUUUUAGUGAUGUGGGCUGGCAUAAGUGGAUCAUUGCGCCCAGUGGCUAUGAUGCCUUCUUCUGCUUAGGAGAGUGCCGUUACCCUCUGGCUGAUCACAUGAAUGCCUCCAGCCAUGCUGUAGUCCAAACCAUGGUGAACUCUGUAAAUGGAGCAGUUCCUCGGGCCUGCUGCGUCCCAACAUCCCUCAGCCCCAUUGCCCUGCUCUACCUGGACAAUGCUGAUAGAGUCGUGCUGAAGAAUUACCAAGACAUGGUAGUGGAGAGCUGCGGCUGCUGGUAGAAGGGUCUGGAAGGCUUGGACACAGUGACACUGACAGUGGGCCAUUAAGGAAGCAAAGAGGAGGUUAAGAGAAUCAAAUGGAUGGAAGACAGCCAGAAAACUGCAAACAGACAGAGACUGAAAGAAAAGUAGCAAUUGGAAAUGUAAGCAGAGAGGGUGGAGAUGAUGGGAUAGAGCAGCUAACUUAUUAUUAGAACUAAGAGUUUAGAUGGAAAGAAAGAGUUUAAAGUAUAAGAAAAUUGGAAACAAAGAACAUGCGACAUGCGGAUAACAGAUAAGCGGACAUAUUGAUGAAAGAAAUAAACUGCCAGGAGUGACUCUAUUUAUCAUUUUGCAAUCUUGCAGCAGUUUACAUUAUUCACUGCCGGUCUACUAGUCCCACUGUGAGAGGCCAAUGUUUUAACAUCAAAUGCUUUGACAACAGGUGCCAUUAACAAUUGCAAGUCAGAAAAUGCAGGUAAAAGGAGGCAGACAAACUUAUAAACAGUAGAAGGAGCAGAUAUGAGGACUAAUGAAAAAACAGUGACUUCAGACCUGACUCAGACUCUCUCUCUCUAAAGCCUUUAGACUCAACUCGAACCCAAGAUCUUGGACUUAAGACUAAGGAAAAAUUCUAAUUUAAUGUUUUCCUGGGCAAAAAUAUGAAUGUAAAUGUUGACCAAACUUAGCCAUAUGGGUUACCGCAAUUUACACAUAUGACUGUUCACAUAUUCUUAAAUACACGUAAACAGUAUGUGCCUGUAAAAGCAGCAGCUUUCAAGUGUGUCAAGAUGUUUAUUUUAUUCUAGUAAAGGAGUUAUUUUAUUAACCAUCAUGAUUUGCAGUGUGGACUAUUAAUGCUUCAUAAAAAAUUAUUCCUAUUAGCUGUAGGUUCAAAAUAAUGAUCACAUGGUUAAUUGUCUAAACACUUUUUUAGAUGUAUAUGGACCAUUUUAAAACAAGAUAAACCUGACUUACGUCUGCUUCUGACAGCUUAAUCCUUUACUAGUAAGGUAGCACCUUUGCAAAAACACUAAGUUCUUAAAUAUAAAAGAGUUUCCUGUUCUCUUCUUUACUCCCCACAUUAUGUUUACUCUAUGUAUUGUGAUUUUUCUGAGUACCUACUUUUGACUUCACAAUAGAGCUUUUUAAUGUAGAGUUAACAGAUGAUAUUCUAAUAUUUUGUGCAUCUUAUUACUCAAAAUAUGAAAAGCCUAUAACGCUGUGCAACCUAAGAUAAAGAAAAUAAUUUAACUAUUUUAGCUGAAGGAUUAAGAGACGCUAACUAUAUCUGUACAAAAAACUUAAUCUAAAACCUAAGAUCAAUACAAGGAUUAAUGCAGCUGCCAUUAUAGUACAGAUGCUACAUUGGUCUCUUGUGAAAAAGAGUUGAGCCAAAAGAAAUAGCUCUCCAUUUACCGAUCAUUUUACACUUCUACCCCCACCAAUUAUGAUGAAAUCUGGAUCAUAACCAAAAGAACGAGAUCCCAGAUAAAAGCGGCUGAAAUCAUCUUUCUCUGCAGGGUGGCCGGGUUCUCCAUUAAAGGGUAAAGGGGUUGGCCAUGCAUGAUAGGGUUAAUGUAGGGCUUCUCCUCCACAUCAAGAGUUUACUGAUGUGGCUCGACAUCCUUCUCAGAUGCCCCCUGGAAACCCCAGGACAUACUGGAGAGACUAUGUCUUUCUUCUGGCUCUGGAAAACCUGGGGCUUCUCCCAGCAGAGCUGGAGGACCUGUCUGAGGAGAGGAAAGUCUGAGAAUGUCUGCUGAAACUGCUGUCCCAGUGACCCGGGUCCCUGAUCAUAGGAAGACGAUGAAUACGAGUAGAAGUACGACUGUAUUUCAGAACAAAAGCAUUUUCUGUUAGAUUUAUUCAGGAAUUCAGUGUUAUUCAGAGUUUUCUUUUAAUAUAAGUACAU